AAACGGCUGGUGUCCUUACCUGGAGUUCUAUAGCCUUGGACAUACCGUGAUUUUUCGUGUUUUUAUUGGUUUGUGACUCGUAUUUUUCUCGGCCAUGAUUAUAAUUUUGCUCAAAACCUGAUAAGCUGGGCUUUUUUAACACUCACUUACUUUUACUGCAUUGUUUUUGGUUUAAUUCGAGUGCAAAAUUUCACUAUUCUUCAUCAGCUGCUGGCCAGCAUGGACCUCUCGGUGGCUCUGGAGCAGACUAGUCAGCAGGCGGCCACUGACAGCAGCGGCCCAGAGUCGCCGGCCGAGCCGAGCCCGCCGCCGGCCGGCAACACGACGCCGCCCGCGGGCUCACCCCACACCGACGGCGACACCCACAAGCUGUCACCGAGCUCGCCGGCCGCGCAGACGGCAGCGCUGCCGCCCAAGUCGGCCGCCACCGGCGCGGUGCCGCGACACCCGCUCUCCGUGACGCGCGAGCCGGGCCCCGACGACGUCAUCUUCGUGACGGGGUUCGGCCCGUUCGGCCACCACGAGGUGAACGCCAGCUGGCAGGCCGUGAGCCGACUGCACUCCAUGGGCGUGGGCGAACAGCUCGGCGCCAAACUCAUCAUCGAAGAGGUGCCGGUCAAAUACGAGUACGUGAUGCGCGAGAUCCCUCGGCGCUGGAAGCAGCUGCGGCCGCGGCUGGUGGUGCACGUGGGCGUGUCUUCGUACACGAUGACGCUGCAGCUGGAGCGCGUGGCGCACAACGGUCCGUAUUGUCGCGGCGACGUGCUGCAGCAGACACCGCCCGAGCAGCGCUGCCUGUCGGGUCAGCCGAGCACGCUCUGCUGCCGGCUCGACCUGGCGCGCACCUGCCGCGCUAUCGGCGGCAGCGCGUCCGCUAUCGACGCCACCGUCUCCGACGACCCGGGAAACUACCUGUGCGGCUUCAUCUACUUUAUGUCUCUGGCGCAGGACCCGGCGCGCACUGUGUUCGUGCACGUGCCGCCGCUGGGCAUGCCGUACACCGCCAACCAGAUGGCCACCGGUCUGGCUGAGGUGGUGCGGGACCUGUGGCACCAGGUGCUGCAGCUGGACCAGCCGCCGCCGCGGCCGCUCGACCUCUCCUGCUCGGACCAGCAGCGCCCGUGAGCGGCCGGCCGCUCGGCGCGCCGCCAGUCUGCCGCCGGAGACCGGGCGGACCGCGGACCGGGGCGGCUGGUCCCGGCUGCGGCCGACAACAUACUGCACUGGGUCCGGAGACGCUGUGUGUAGACUAGUGGGGGAGGAGACGCGGCCAGUGCUGUGGGGGACAGCUGACCACUAGGCCAUCAAACCGGCACAUUUCCCUCACAGAGAUGGCGCCGGGAAGUGUCACUAAAUUGUUCCUGGCAGCAGCUAAGAGGACGAAAUGUGAGUGCGAGUGUCAAUGAGUGAGUGAGGAUAGGGCCGACUUAUUUGCGAACCGCCCCGCUAGAUUGCCUCGAAAGGUGAACCGUUGACGACAGAGAUCUGAGUGAAGGGGUCUGGAAUACCCAGAGAGCCAUUGUACUGCGUGGGGGAUUGAGCGAUGUCGUCUGUGUGCGUGCUCCGAUGACUGAGCUGGCUGUGGGAGUGACUGGGGUGUCUGCUGGCCGCCUGAUCUGGGGCUGACCGUCUGACGGGAGGGCCUCCGCUGCCCGCCCGGACCUGGCCCGGCGCGCCCGCCUGGGCGGCAGCUGGUUUUAGCUCUGUGCCUCAGCUGGGCCUCAGCUGCCCGCCCGGACCUGGCCCGGCGCGCCCGCCUGGGCGGCAGCUGGUUUUAGCUCUGUGCCUCAGCUGGGCCUCAGCUGCCCGCGCCGACCUGGCCCGGCGCGCCCGCCUGGCGGCAGCUGGUUUUAGCUCUGUGCUUUCGACGCCGGUCUACUGUGUUGUAACGAGUGGGUCGUGACCGUGCCUGAUAUUGCCAACAGCUGCCGUGAGCUGGACGUUAACGGAGACUCCAGUGCAACGUGGCACCACUGUAGGGCCAAUCUGACUGGUGACCAGCAGCUUUACUGAACUGGAAGAGAACAUAAUCGUUUAUCUCUCUUUAGGAGAAUGUGCUCAUCCAAAAGUGGGACGCGAUUUUCAACCGUCUCUGACCUGUAUGAAGACGUGGCAAGUUUAUGCGCCUGGCAGCGAGAAACAAAUCCACCAUUGCCGCGAUGAAACCAAAACCGAUUGUUCUCAUAAUAUUGUUACUCUGCUUUGUCUUUCCCCACCCGUUGCACCCUUCCAAGGGUCGUAUGUCGCCCAAAUAUUGCAUCUAUUUUUAUAGCGGUGCAAUAUGCGCAUGACAAUGUAGCCAUAAUAGUUGCCUGUGCGGUGUUAUCGUAGUGCCCUGAAGGCCAUUCCAGUGCCGUCUGUGCCCGCUGGUCGCUCGGGACAGGACCCUCGCGGGCCUGGGGUGCGGCGAUGAGACGCGCUGUGCCGGCCCGCGGAGCGAUUAUUCCGCGGCAUCAGCCGUGCAGCCGACUGUGAUGUGGCAGGAACCAAUAAACGGUCUUUUAAA